AUUUUUUAGCAGAGCAAGCUGCUUUUUAUCACGUGACCCCUAUGGGGCAUGUCCAUUCAACUUGAGAUAGAGGCUAGACAUUUUUAUCUUUUCUUUCAGGGGCAAAUUUUCUUAUAAUUCAUUGGGGGCUUGGACAGAAUUCUUGUCUAUACCAAGGCUAAUUUUCCUAGAAUUAAUUGGGGGUUUCGACAGAAUUCUUGUCUUUACCAAGGCUAAUUUUACUAUCAUUUAUUGGCGGAUUUAAGAGAAUUCUUGAUUCACUUAAUGUACGCCUCUCAGCUUUGUUUUGACCACCUGUGUAGGCCCACAGGCUUCCUGUUCCAGCUCUACCCUCGCUGGGAUAUAAUUAAUCAAAAUUGACAGUUCAGUUGUUCUCCAGAAACUAUGAACAACUAAAGGUUUUAGAAUUGGUGUCUGAAAUGCUCAAUCUAAAAGCCUGUGGGACAGAACUGAGAGUAUCAUCACUUGCAGUGUUCAAUUUGCGAAUCGCCGUCGUUCAAUUCGGUUUGAGGCGAGACUAACGAAAUCCACAGUGACGUCUGUUAUGAACUAUUCGUUGGGUUGAACUACAACUUGUUAACUUUUCUGCAGUUUUGUUAGGUCAACGGUUUUGUUAGGUCAGCGGUUUUGUUAGGUCAGCGGUUUUGUUAGGUCAGCGGCUUUGUGUUGCUACAUUUGUGUUGUUAGGUAUGGUGGCCCAGCAUACUCAUUCAAAAAACAGAAACAUAUUUUAUGAAAUAUAAAAAAAUGACAGAUAUUUGUGGUAAAUUUGACAUUGAAUUCAAAUUAUUUUCUUGAAGUUUAAAAUAACAUGUCAAAAAGCAGAAUAAACAUAAUAAAAAAAUUAAAGAAACAUUUCCAUUUCCAAGUUUCAAAUAUAAUUUUUUCUUUUUGUUUCUGAAAAUCACAUUGAAAGUCGUCAAAAGAAACAUUUUCGUUUUCAUUUUCAAAAUGAAAUGUCACGAUCGGCCCAGCGUUCUCAUAGACCACAAUGCUUUGCAAGAAUAAGCGCCUCAUUUCCAUGCAACUUUUCGCGCCCAUUUUGCUUCGCCUUGCCACUUAACAGCGAAGAACGCAUACCUCGUGGUAGCCUAUUUAAUUUGAAUUAAUCACGAAGAGGCAUGAUACUUGGGAAAAACUUUAUAAGGUAAUGAGUAACAAAAGAACAAAACAAAACGAGGCAUCAAAUAAAAGGCAAGCAAACCUAUCGUCCGAUUCAGCCACGCGAAUUUGUAUCAUUUGAGUUUGAUGAAAUAACUCUACCUAACUCGAAGAGUGCUUGUGCUGCUCAUUUUGGCCUCCCUGUCAGUACGUGUGACGUUCUUGUCUCAAACAAAGGUCCCUUGUGCACAAAUAUUCAACAGAUACCACAUCGGAAAGAUAAGGACUUUUUUCUUCUUUUUUUAAAUCAAUUAGUUUGAGGUUUGCGGUUCAAGCUUGUUCACUUUACUUGGAUUGGGUUCACUGUCGGGGCUUUAUAAAUUAAGUAAGGGUGUUAGAGUUGCAACAAAAAUUCAGGUUUUAAUUUAGGGGGCUUCAGCUCUCCAAGCCCUCCAUAAUUUCUUCUAGGAUGCAUUCUAUCUAAAGUCUACGCCAGACAUUGCACCAGAAGACCUCUGCGCCUAGAUGCAGGAAGUGCACUCGGGGUGGGGUAAGGUUCGGUUAGGUGCAGGCUGUGGGGUUGGAUUAGGGCAAGGGUUAAGCUUGGGUAGUAAGGGUACUGGGUACCUAUUCAAAUCCAAUAAUAGCGGAUCUAAUUGCCUUCCCUCCCAAACUACUUAAUUCCCAAACUCUACCCUAAUUAGCCAAAAAUGAAGAAACUUUGAGUAGUGAAAAAUAUCCUAAUUUCUUAUAAAAAAGAGUGUACACUCAUAUUUUUUAUUUUUAACUGAAAAGUUCUUUAGAGCUUUGUAAAAAAUGAGGACAUGGUCCUCUAUUUCGCCAGCCCUAUGAAUUCAAUAACAAGUUAACCUCGCAUCAAUGACGUGAAUGUUCCAACUUUACCCCUUCUUUUUUUCCCCAAUCGUUCUCCGUUGAACUAGUCCUUAAUUGUCAUCAAGGGUCAUUACAUCGUAAACGAGUCCUCUGGGAUCAUGAAGGCCAUACUGCUCUCUGAUUCACUUGUGCAUAGCACGGUAGCCUAAUAACUGACCUGGACCAUCUUUUUCUGCAUUAAAUGCCUCACCCACUUGAUCUACAGUUGUAUCGUAGUCAACGAAUUUUAUUCCAAAAUGUUUCAUGCGCCUACUUGAUGUACCAGAGCUCCAAGCGUGCUGAGAAAGAUCCCUUUGCAGAAAGUCAAGAAUUUCAGCUCUUCGCAAGUUUCUGGCAACCAUACAGCGAAAAUAAAUUUUUGGAGUUCAUUAUCCUCUGUCCAUUCGUUAUUUCUUUUAUAUUCUGCAGCCAUAUGGAGCAAAAUCUCCCUUUCUUGGCUACAUAAGCCAAAGGUAAUUUAUUUAGAAAAUCAAAAAGGGCGCGAAAAGCUGCAUGGAAAUGAGGCGCUUAUUCUUGCAAAGCAUUGUGGUCUAUGAGAACGCUGGGCCGAUCGUGACAUUUCAUUUUGAAAAUGAAAACGAAAAUGUUUCUUUUGACGACUUUCAAUGUGAUUUUCAGAAACAAAAAGAAAAAAUUAUAUUUGAAACUUGAAAAUGGAAAUGUUUCUUUGAUUUUUUUAUUAUGUUUAUUCUGCUUUUUGACAUGUUAUUUUAAACUUCAAGAAAAUAAUUUAAAUUUAAUGUCAAAUUUAUCACAAAUAUCUGUGAUUUUUUCUGUUUUUUGAAUGAGAAUGCUGGGCCACCAUAGUUAGGCCGCUAAGCACGUGCGGUAGCCUCCGUUCUUAUUGCUUAGUAAAGCUUAUUUUCUACGGCAAUCCAACUCCUUUAUAUUAGCCAAUAAAAUGCAAAUGCGAUAUUUGGCUGGAGAGACUCUUUAACUAUUCUCCGGGUUAGAUUCAGCCUCCUAAGCGAGCACAAGUUUCUUCACAAUUUUGAAUCUUUGAGUCCCAUCUGCACGUGCAAUACAGGCAUUGAGGACAAUCAGCAUUUUCUCCUGCAUUGUCCCAUGUAUAACCAGAGUCCAGAAAAGUUGUUUACCUUCCUCCAGACAAAAACAUCCCAGAAGGCAGACCUUCCUCACAAAACAAUAUAAAUGGGGCGUGGCUUGGGUGUGUCAUAGGAACUUCAUUGUUCUUCGCGGACCUUCCUCCGGUCAGUGGUCGUGCGACCGUAAUGUUUUCCUGACUCUGACCAGAUGCGUACUCUAAGGUCCUUAAUAAAAGGGGGGACGCUUAUUAAUUUUUCGAUUUUUUUCUGACCCCACCGGAGCUUAUUUGGACCCCCGCUUAUUAAUUUUUAUAUGCAAUCAUUCAUAUCCCUUAUUUCAUUUGUCCUUUUUUCUUCUGGUGUGAAAUUUCUGUAAAGUUUCUCUUAAAUGAAGAGGUUGCAUUGAACAAACGUUUUAACAUAAAAAAGUAAUAUAAAAUCCGAAAAAAAUUACAUAGGCCUGACUGAUGUACAAAAUGAUAAUUGGCCUGCUCAUUUUAGUAAUACAACAAUGCAUUACUACAUGGUGAUGAUUGUCAUUUUGCUAUCGAUUGUAUUCAGAAGAAAAUCUCCUUUGACCCCAAAAAAGAAUCAUCACGUGAUUUUUCAGAUUUUUCACAUUUACUUACUAAGACACCCCCCUUCUAUUAAGGACCUUAGAGUAACGAUCUCUUUGAUCAGCUUUCAGAAAUCCCAGUACUUGAGCUUGAUAAUCUUAACUCUUGAGGCCCUAUGUGAACUACUCCUUUUUGGUAAUCCACAACAAUAUUGCAAACAAAUUGAUUUUGGAGGCAACAAUAUCAUUCAUUUUGUCAACUGAUGACGAGAGCUUGUUUUAAGCCCUCAAACAGGGAGGGACCAGCACCUGAAGAUCAAUGAAAUUUGAUAAUCGCAUGGAAGAGUGCUAUAAAUUAUCAAAAAAGCCUUUCAAACACGCCUCGCCAACUAUUUGCUCAUUUUUCUCGACUGGCCUAGCCAACCCGGAGAAAGCAGAUCACAGCUUUUUUGCUCAUGGAUCAAGCGAAAAGUCCAUUUCAGAUAAUUGUAAAAUGGCGUUUACGAGAGAAUUCGUUGCAAUUAGCAGCAGAUAAUAGAUAUUUUCUCUUUGAUGUGGAAGCUUCAGAAAGAAAUUGAACUGAAAAACAUAAACGUUAUUAAUCCAAGGACGCACAGUGUUCACAGACAGGUCAAAGGAUUGCCUUUAACUGUAUUUUAGAUCUAAUUUCCUUUCUAUUCUAACAUGUAACUUAAAUCAUUAAUUUUCACCUGCAUUAAUUCGUAGAUGCCACUGACCAAUCCAUUACCAUAAUACCCUCUCAAUGUCCCCUUUUAUUUUCAGUCCCUUUUUGAUUCGUUCUUGCUGACAAACAAAAUUACAGCUUCUCACUUGACAUGUAAAUGUUCAAUCAAUCUAAUCAUUGAUCAGUGGCAUCUUCUAGCACUUUUUAUCCAUUAAACUUUUAUUUCAUUAUUUCUUGCACUCUGAGCAUUAUACCGAUACUCGGUCCUGCUCAGUAUCGAUGUAGAUGUAGAUGUAGAUGUGGAAAUAUUUGGCUUUCAAAACGUAGGGAACUGUCACCAACUAUAAUGGCGACAUGUUUCGGAUUAUUGGUAAAGCCCGAUCGUCGUUCCAUCUAGCCGUUUUGGAAUCUAUUUUUCCAUAAGCACGAAAAAACUGCUACUGUGUAGACAAAAGGAGUUCGCUUUCACCUUAGGACUCCCUUGGUAACAUUCUCAAUAGGCAAGCGGCACUGAUUGGUCAACCUCAACAGUCAUGUGCUCGUGUUUCUGAUUGGCCUAUUUUGAUCCACAACUGGCUAUCUUUAUUUCCUAGCGUAGAGUUUUCGGUCUAUGUUCUGACGUUUUAAACUCUGAAGAGUGUCAGACGAAAAGCUUUAGUUUACUAAAUUUUUUUUUCAGAACUCUUCAAGCCCUAUACAGAAUAUAUUUAUAUAUAGAAUGAGAGAACUUUAUUGAGAUAAAAUGAAAGACUUACGAGAAUGGGAUAAGAUGAUUUCAUAUGUCAUAAUUUGCACUUUUUAAUGAUUGGGUUUGUUUGCUAUAUAUGAAAAGAGGCUUCGUCCAUUGUUAUCCAUUUUUGAUAAACUUGGUGAAUAUAUGUAAAUUUGUCUUGUUUAUUAUUUGGCAUAAUUUAUAGCAGGAAUUUCACUCAAAUCCUGCAACACUCAGUAAGAUUAUGUCCUGCUGUAACCAGCCAGAGGAAUUUAUUAAGGUCCUCUGUUUGGCAAGAAAUCGAAACCAUUCUUUUAGAAUUCAUAAUGAUAAUUCCUGGUUUGGUUUACAGAUCUAUCAUUUCACUUGCCUUGGAAUCAUGAUGAAAUAAUAUAUCUUGUUAAAAUCAAAUCUUUCAAUUGUGAAUUCUAUUUCGUCAUCGGUCCCAGCUCCCUACAGAGCUGCACGAGAUAGUGUGCCGCAGUGCAUGUGAACCAGUUGUGUGCAAAUGCUUGUGUUGCCAGCUGUGUGUAAUUACAAUUUGUGGUUGCUUUAACGAGUUUUUGCAGAGCCUACGUUUCCCGACAAACUUUCUGGAAUUUAAUCUGCUCAACUGUUUGGUUUAUCUUAGCCAGAUAAGUAUUUCAUAUCUCUUCAUUAUCAUUUCAUUAUCUCAUAGAUGUCUGCUGAAAACAGCGAAAUACGGGACUUGGCAGCUAGUCAAGCUUCCAUUUCCGAGACCAUUUUAUCUAGGCCUGUUAUGCCAGAACAUUCAAGGGGCACUUCUGAUCAACCCCUUAAUACUGAUCUACUUUUUGUUCUACAGAAAAUGAACGACACAAUCGUCUCAUCCAAUCAAUUACUUUCUAAGUUUGUCAAAAACUAUCCUAAACGUCGUUCAGAUCACAGGCCCUCGGACUCUGAUUUUGACUCUGAUUGUGGCGAGUUUGAAGAACCUCCCAGAAAACGAAAAUUACUUGCCACGGCCACUGUGUCUGUAGCGCCAAAUAGGCAACAAAAUAUUUCAGAUGUGCCUACCGAUAGUCCUGCACGCUCACCCGCCCUUUCUACAGCCGGGCAUUUGCAUGAGACUCGUCCUUCAGCAGACGAUGCAGUGAGUCUCUUUGGUGAGCAAGACAUUGACGAAGGAGUCAAUGACAUUGAAACCCUCAUCUCUCAAGAUGAAUUCUUAAAUGAGGUAGAGAAUGCUGUUGCUACAGCAAAACCAAAAGGUCCACCAAUUUCCGAACAUCUGGCAAAGAUUCUCAAUGACAAAUUUCAUAUUGAGCUUGAGGCCUCGCAGCGCAAAACUCUUCUCGAAAAGUAUUCAGUGCCAGAAAACUGCACGGGCCUAUAUCGCCCGCGAGUUAAUCACGAAAUCUGGAAUUGUUUGAGUGCCAAUUCUAAAGUAAUUGACAAAAACAUGAGUUUAUUGCAAGAUGCACUAUUGACAGCCUCGAGUGCUGUUGCCAUGUCCAUUGAGGACAUACUUAAGUAUCGCGAGACAAAAAAGGACCUUGAUUACCAGAGUAUGGUUUCUCGCCAGAUUGACAUUUUAACCCUUCUUGGUUAUGUCUGUAGUGAACUUUCAUAUCGUCGAAAAGAAAGUUUACGCCCCUCGAUCUCUCCUGAAUUUAAGGCGGCAUGCGGGCGUACCACCAAACCAACUACCUUAUUAUUUGGUGAUGACCUACCUAAAACUAUGCAGGAAGUUCGCACUACUAACCGUAUUCUUCAAAACUUUCCCUCAAAUCGCUAUACCCGCCGAGGUGCAUACACCCGUUUCCAAGCUGACCGUAACAACAACAAUUCUUUUUUAUUGCAGCGGGGGAGGAAUCAAUUUCCUCCCCGCCGAAAUCCAUAUAUCUUAAAUAUCGUUUCGGGUGAUAUGAUCGAAUUUGAAAACCCCCCGCCAACUCAGCAUAAUUAUCCGGCUAACACGAUCUCGCGAGACUUGCUACCUGCAGUACACAAAGAAAUACAAGAUCUACUCUCUAAGAAGGUCCUCUCUAAUGUAACACAUGAGAAUUCUGAAUUUAUUUCCCCUAUUUUUUGUGUACCAAAACAGGAUAAUAAAGUGCGCCUUAUCCUGAAUUUGAAAAAACUCAACUCAUUUGUCUCCUAUAAACACUUUAAAAUGGAGACUAUCCAACAUGUCUUGACCAUGAUUACGCCUAGUUGCUGGAUGGCAUCUAUUGAUCUGAAAGAUGCAUAUUAUAGUGUGAAGAUUCAUCCUGGUUACCAGAAAUUUUUGAAGUUUACCUUUCAGAAUCAGCUAUAUGCGUAUACUGCUUACCCAAAUGGGCUUUCCUCCUGCCCCAGGCAGUUCACAAAAUUACUAAAACCCCCUAUUGCUACAUUAAGGUCACAGGGGCACAUUGUUUCUAACUAUAUCGACGAUAUAUAUAUUCAAAGCAACUCAUACGGUAGCUGUGUAAAUUCCAUUCUGUCUACCUUCCAACAAUUCAACAAUCUUGGGUUUGUUGUCCACCCGGACAAAUCUGAAUUCAUCCCCAAACAAAAAAUACAAUAUUUGGGUUUUAUACUGGAUUCUGUAUCUAUGACAGUCACAUUACCAAAUGCUCGUAAACACAAGGUCAAGGGGUACCUGGAGUUACUGUGUGUUAAGCCAAAUAACGUUCUUAUCAGGGACGUCGCUAAAGCUGUGGGUUAUAUGGUAUCGUGCCUCCCCGCUGUUCCGUUUGGAGGCAUUCAUUACAGACACCUUGAAGAUGAAAAAAUUAAGGCCCUAAAAAUCUUCCAAUGGGAAUUUUGAUACAACUAUGUCCAUAACCAAACUUGCUCUUGCUGAACUUUACUGGUGGGUUUAAAACCUAGAUAGUAGCUUCGGUUAUAUUAGACUUCCACCUGUUCAAGCUACCAUUUUCUCAGAUGCUCCCCCCCUGGGUUGGGGAGCGACGUUUAACGGUGUUCCUACAAAUGGAACAUGGCUCCCCUCUGAAAUCAUUUACCAUAUUAACGUUCGGGAGCUUUUAGCUGCAUACUUCGCCCUAAAAAGUUUCAAAUCUGCAAUUAAAAACAAACAUGUUAAGCUAAUGAUCGACAAUACCACUGCUGUCGCUGUUAUCAAUCAUAUGGGCACUAAUCAUAGCAAAGAAUGUAACUCUGUUGCAGUCAAAAUUUGGUCCUUUUGUUAUGAAAACAAUCUUUGGUUGACAGCAUGUCACAUUCCAGGCAAAUCUAACAUUAUUGCUGAUAAGGAAUCAAGAAACUUUCUUAAACAAGAUGCAGAAUGGAUGUUGAACUCAAAUGUUUUACAGAAUGCAUUAUCUAGCUUGCAAUUUUAACCGGACAUUGCUCUUUUUGCCUCAAGGCUUAAUAGUCAGUUUGAUAAAUACUGCUCACUUAGGCCCGACCCCGGUGCUGAGGUAAUAAAUGCUUUUACCUUCCCUUGGAGCAAUCUAAAGUUUUAUUCCUUCCCUCCAUUUAGCUGCAUUCUCCUUGCCCUACAAAAAAUUCAACAAGAUCAAGCAACCGGAAUUCUUGUAACCCCAAACUGGCCUACUCAACCGUGGUUUCCCAUUCUCAAAAAGAUGCUGUGUGCCCCACCUGUCCAUCUAAGACCAAGAAAAAACCUGUUGCGGUUACCAACAAUGCCUCAAUUACAACAUCCGCUUCUCCACAAACUGCAGUUAAUGGUUUGUUUAGUAUCUGGGAAGCCCUCUCAUUGCAGGGUUUCACGACCCCCUCUGUAGAUAUCAUUAUGGCUUCGUGGCGAGAUUCAACUCAAAAACAAUAUGCUACUCAUAUAAAACGCUGGGUUGACUUUUGUACUCGACAUGGCUGCAAUCCAGUUCAACCAAAUGUAUAUAAUGCUGUGCUCUUUCUAACCUCGCUUUUUGAAUCCGGCCUCUCGUAUAGCUGUAUCAACACCGCUCGUAGUGCACUAAGUUCCAUAUUAAACUCUAGUAAUGAUGAAAUAUCUUUUGGAAACCUCCCGAUUGUCAGACGUUUUAUGCGAGGUGUCUUCCAAUUGCGCCCCACAUUUCCGAAGUAUAACUCUGUUUGAAGUGUCCAUACUGUGUUUGAUUUCAUUCGCUCUUGUCCGUGCGUGGAACAACUGACUCUUAAAGACCUUACUCUUCGAUUAACUUUUCUCCUAUGCUUGCUGAGUGGUCAAAGACGACAGACAAUUCAAGCCUUACGUAUUGAUGCAAUGGAAGUUACCACUUCUAGCUACGUCUUUUACAUUGUUCAUCUGUUAAAGCAUUCUCGUCCAGGCCAUCAUCAAAAACCACUUCGAUUUGAAAAGUACUGCGCUGAACCAAAGCUGUGUGUGUAUACCCACCUAGCAUAAUACCUUAAACGAACAGAAAAGCUACGUUCUGGAGUUCAUCAGUUGUUGAUAACUCAUACAAAACCGCAUCGCGCUGCUGCAGCUGACACAAUUGCACGUUGGAGUAAAGCAUUCCUUGCUCUUGCAGGAAUCGACACAACUAUGUAUAAAUGCCAUAGUAUUCGGGCCGCAUCCACGUCACAGGCUGUGCGUUCCAAUAGCAAUCAUUUGGCUGAUGUUCUGCAAGCUGCAGGGUGGUCAAACGAACACACUUUUCGCCGUUUCUAUAAUUUGCCUGCUGAAAAUAAUUUUAAUUUUGGAACAGCAUUAAUUUCCAGCUGGUUCACAUGCACUGCGGCACACUAUCUCGUACAGCUCCUCCGGUCGCGACCGAUGACUCACAGAAUUACAAUCAAACUUCACCUACAGGUA